AUGGCUACGACAUCCAAACAGCGCCUCGCGGUCGCCAUCUGCGAAUUCCUCUCCGCAUCGGUCACCGACGGCACCCUCCACGCCGACGACAAAGAAUCCAUCGACGUCGCCAUCCAGUGCAUCUCCGACACCUUCAAGGUCGACCCUGCCGACAAGAAGCUCCUCGCCGAGUCCGUCGGCGCUCAGAACCUCUACCAGAUCUACUCCGUCUACGAGAAGCUCAAGAACUCGACGACGCCCGCCGCCGGUGCCAGCGCCCCGGCUGGCGCCGCCGCCUCCUCCUCCUCAAAGGUCCCCACCGAGGCAGAGAAGAAGGAGGCCGAGGCCCUCAAGUCGCGCGGCAACGCCGCCAUGGCCUCCAAGGACUACCCCUCCGCCAUCUCCCUCUACACCCAGGCCCUCGCCCUGAACCCGGGCAACGCCGUCUUCCUCUCCAACCGCGCCGCCGCCCACUCGGCCGCCAAGGACCACGAGUCCGCCAAGGCCGACGCCGAGGCCGCCGUCGCCAUUGACCCGGCCUACACGAAGGCCUGGUCCCGCCUUGGCCUCGCCCGCUUCGCCCUCGGCGACGCAAAGGGCGCCAUGGAGGCCUACGGCAAGGGCAUCGAGUACGAAGGGUCCGGCGGCAGCGAGGCCAUGAAGAAGGGCUUCGAGACGGCCAAGCGCCGCGUCGAGGAGAUGCAGCUCGAGGAGACCGACCUCCCCCGCCAGUCACCCGGCGUCGGCGGCGGCAGCGCCGGCGGCGGCGGUGGUAUGCCCGACCUGAGCAGCUUGGCGAGCAUGCUCGGCGGUGGCGGUGCAGGCGGUGGCGGCAUGCCCGACUUCAGCCAGAUCAUGAACAACCCCAUGUUUGCCAGCAUGGCCCAGAACCUGAUGAGCAACCCCGAAAUGAUGAGCAAUCUCAUGAGCAACCCUCGCCUACGUGAGAUGGCCGACCGCUUCGGCAGCGGUGGCGGCAUGCCCGACCUCAACUCCCUGAUGUCUGACCCCAACAUCGCCGACAUGUAA